CUGUCGAUACUAAAGCUCGCUGCUCGCUCGGAGAUGAUCCAACAUGAGCCCACGGGUCACGGAGACUUAAGUUUACAGCGCUGCUCCACGAAGAGUCUCGGAUGGACACGAGGAAACGACAGUCCCAAAACGACGGCGGUCUGCAGGACGGAACCAGCCCCAACAAGGUGCCCCGGCCCGUCAAAAAACAACAUGUAGCUGCUGUGAUUCUGGCCCGCGGAGGCAGCAAGGGAAUCCCGCUGAAAAACAUCAAACCGCUGGCUGGAAUCCCCCUGCUCGGGUGGGUUCUGAGAGCUGCUGCCGACUCCGAGAUGUUCGACAGUAUUUGGGUGUCGACUGACCACGACGACAUCGAAAAAGUGGCGAAAUCCUGGGGCGCCCAAGUCCACCGUAGAAGUCGCAAAGUCUCCAGGGACUCCUCGACCUCCCUGGAAACCAUUAAGGAGUUUCUCGAGGACAACGAAGACGUGGACGUGAUCUGUAACAUCCAGGCCACGUCUCCGUGUCUCCACCCGUCUCACCUCAAGCAGGCCCUGAAGAAGGUCCUGGAGGGCCCCUUCGACUCCGUCUUCUCGGUGGUCCGGAGGCACCAGUUCCGUUGGACGGAGGUGAAGGAGGGAAGCGAUGAAUGCACUCACCCGGAGAAUCUGGACCCCGCCAAGCGUCCGCGGCGUCAGGACUGGGACGGUGAGCUCUACGAGAACGGCUCGUUCUAUAUCUGCAAGAGAGAGCUGGUCCUGGAGGAGGGGCGCCUGCAGGGCGGGAAAGUGACCUACUUUGAGAUGGAGCCGCAGCACAGCGUGGACAUCGACGUGGACAUCGACUGGCCCGUGGCGGAGCAGAGGGUCCUCAGGUACGGUUACUUCGGCCGGGGCGUGUCCCUGAUGUUCCUGAAGGUUUCUGGAUGUUUAACGGAUGGAAAAGUCCUUCUGUCUGCAUCCAGAGAGGACAGCGUGUCCGUCCACACCAGAGACACGGCAGGAAUCAGGAUGCUGCAGAAAGACGACGUGGAGGUGGUGCUGCUGGUCUCCAGGGACGACCGGGUCCUGGCGUCGAUGACUGAGAAGCUGAAGAAUCUAACGGGCUGCGAGGUCAUGAUGGUGGCAGACGAACCGUUCAGCGAUAUUCAGCCGGUCGUGGAGAAGAAGAAGCUGGACUGGAAGGACGUGGCCUACAUGGCUGGCGGGUCUGAGCGGCGUGCCCGCGGACGCUCCGGCAGAGGCGGUCAACGCGGCCAAGUACACCUGCCGCCUGGGCGGGGGGACGGGUGCCCUGAGGGAGUUCGCUGAGCACGUCCUCCUGCAGAAGGAGACGGCCAAGUCCCAGAUGAAGCAGGACCGGAUCUACCGCAUCAACUUCUGACGGAGAGCCGAGUCCAGGCGGAGAGAUGGAGAAACGAGCUGCGUUUAUUUAAACACAGCUCGUUUAUUUAAUUAAAAAUGAUUCAAACGUUACAGAGGCAUCUUGAAUCAGGUCGACUCGAACCUUCGUUCUGUUUCCUUAAAGUUUGUGCUCAAAAUAACGUGUUGAAAUAUAAUUCGGCUAA